CUUCAAGGUAAGCAAAAGGAAUGAAGACUCUCUUCCAGCAGCAACGCCAAUUGCCUCUUCUAAAUGUUCUUCAUCUGCCGAAGCUAUUCUUCUCCGAUCAAUCAUGGCUUUCCUCAAAACGAAAUCCUCCAAUCAACUCUUCAUCUUCUUCCUUCAUCAAUGUCAGGCCUCAGCCAAUCUCCACCCCUGCUUUCAUCAUCACCAAUCUCCUCAGAGACCCGACCAUUACCUCCUCUUCUUCUCUCCACUCCGCCCUCGACAAAACUGAGGUAGACCCAGAUCCCGAUAUGCUCCAAGCAAUAUUCCAACACUUCGAUUCUUCUCCAAGAUUGUUGCAUGAUUUAUUUCUGUGGGCCGAAAAGAAACCUGGGUUUGAAUCCUCUGCAACGUUGUUCGACUCGAUGGUCAAUGUUCUUGGUAAAGCUAGGAACUUUGAGGACGCCUGGAGUUUGGUUCUUGAUCGGAUUGGUGAUGAUGGGAGGGAGGGUUCCAAUUUGGUUUCCGUCAACACCUUUGUAAUUUUGAUCAGACGGUACGCUCGAUCAGGUAUGGCUCAGGCUGCUAUACGUACGUUUGAAUUUGUAACCAGUUUAGAUCAAAUUUGCAGUUCUGAUGAGAAAACUAAUCUUUUCGAAAUAAUGUUGGAUUCUCUAUGUAAGGAAGGGCAUGUUAGGGUGGCAUCAGAAUAUUUCACUAGAAAAAAGGAGACGGAUCUUUGUUGGGUUCCAUCAAUCAAGGUUUAUAAUAUACUAUUGAAUGGAUGGUUCCGGUCGAGAAAGCUGAAGCAUGCCGAAAGACUCUGGUCGGAUAUGAAAAAGAAUGGUGUGCCGCCUAGUGUCGUAACAUACGGUACCCUUAUAGAAGGAUACUGUACUAUGCGUCGUGUUGAGAGGGCAGUGGAAUUGGUGGAUGAAAUGAAGGAAGCGGGAAUGGAUCCGAAUUCAAAAGUAUACAAUCCGAUCAUCGAUUCACUUGGGGAAGAAGGUAGAUUAAAGGAGGCAUUAGGGAUGAUGGAACGAUUUCUGUUGUGUGAAUCGGGUCCUGAUAUUUCAACGUAUAAUUCUCUUGUGAAAGGUCAUUGCAAGGCCAAAGAUUUAGCAGGGGCUAGUAAAGUUCUUAAGAUGAUGAUUAGCAGGGGUUGCAUCCCAACCACCACGACCUACAAUUAUUUCUUUAGAUACUUCUCGAAAUUCAGGAAAAUCGAGGAAGCGAUGAACCUUUAUACAAAGAUCAUUCAGUCCGGUCACACUCCUGAUCGACUUACUUACCAGCUAUUGUUGAAGCUGCUGUGCGAGGAGGAGAGGUUGGAUUUGGCUGUUCAGGUUAGUAAAGAAAUGACGGUGAGGGGAUAUGAUAGGGACUUGGCUUCGAGCACCAUGCUGGUUCAUUUGCUCUGCAAAAUGCAUAGGUUUGAAGAUGCUUUCGGAGAGUUCGAGGACAUGAUACGAAGAGGUAUAGUUCCACAAUACCUCACAUUUGAGAGAAUGAAUAACGAGUUAAAGAAAAGGGGAAUGACUCAGAUGGCUAGGAAACUAUGUGAUAUGAUGGGGUCUGUCCAUUCUUCCAAAAAAUUGCCCAAUACAUAUGUCGGAGACGAGGACUCGUCACGUGCAAGGAGGACGUCCAUAAUGCGGAAAGCUGAAGCGAUGUCUGAUAUGCUAAAAACAUGUAAUGAUCCGAGAGAACUCGUUAAGCAUCGAACUUUAUCCGGAAAUGCUGUAUCAAGAGCAGGCCAGUUGAUUGAGAUUAUCAAGAAAAGAGCUAAAGAAACAAGUAUGAAUGGUUAAGGCCUAAGAGCAAGGGAACAACAACAAAGGAGCAGGCUUCAAGAGAAUUUUGGUGCAGCCGUGUUAGAUGGCUUCUAUCAUCUUCGGGGAAAUUCAUUGGUAAUUGUGGAAGUGUCUGGUGAUUACAAGUUAGUAUUUGUUUAGAAUUUUUCUUAGUCUAUUGAUGACGUACAUAUACCCUGCAGACACAACUGUUAGGACUCGAAUUCUUUAGGGAAAACAACAUUCCCAUUUACCACCAAUACCAUUUUUACACCUACUGGGAUGUUGAAGACACCAUGAUUGAAAAGAUUUGAUGUUCAAGCCGGAGGGUCUCAAGUGAAUGCACAGAGGGCUUGGGUUUUUAUUUGAAAUUGACU